UGAAAAUGAUGUCUCUACAGAACCAUUUCCAUCCUGGGCCAAAGCGCUCCUCAUUCUCCUUGUUCUGGUUUUGGUUCUUGGGGGUGUUUUAUUUCAUUUCCGACAAAUUUUCAGAAAAGUCUUCUUCGUUCUCCAGGUUGAGGUGGAGUCAGGGGCUGAGUCUGUCCAGCUGCCCUGCAAAACCACAUUUUAUUUACCUGAAGAUGUUAAAGUGGAAUGGACAGAUAGAGACAACAGGACGAUUCAUGUGUAUCAUAGUGGCUCUGACCAGCCUGAUGAACAGGACUGGCUUUUCAAAGAACGAACAAGGAUGAAUAAAGACCCGCUGAAAACUGGAGACCUCAGUUUGACUGUGAACUACCCCAUACAGUGGAACAGAGACAUCUGCACCUGCACCGUCUACAGCGGGGAGGGAAGCAUCCUGAUGAAGAAGCGAGUGAAGCUGAAGGUCAGAGACUGUCAGGUGGAGGUGGAGGAAGGGGUGGAUUCUGUCCAGCUACCAUUCAAAACCACUGGUGAUCUACCUGGUGACACUAAAGUGGAGUGGAGACGCAUUGAACCCAAAACACUUAUGACUGUCCAUAUUUAUCAGAAUGGAUCUGACCAGUCUGAAGAACAGAACCAGGAUUACAGAGACCGAACAAAGAUGAAUGAAGACCUGCUGAAAACUGGAGACCUCAGUCUGACCCUGAAACACCCCACAGAGAGAGACAGUGGGAGAUACAGAUGUGGAGCUUACAGACGGGAGAGCAACAUAUGGAGGGAGAAAACAGUGCUACUUAGGGUCAAAGGAGAGUUCAAAUCGGGAAUCAAAGAGGGGAGAUCCAGCUCAGCUGAUGCAACUCAUCUGAUAGCUGAUCAAUCAGUUUGAUGCAUGACUGAUUUGAUCAAUAAUCUAACAAUAAGUGAUGAAGCGAGGAGGACAUACUGAAUGUUAUUUAUGUCAAAACCAAGACUAAAAGUGCUAGAUGAAAAAGUUACUUUAACAAUGAAAGAGAUUGAUGUACACAGAUAAAGCAGUUCGGUGUGUUCUCCUUUUCUGUGCUUUGAUCGGCUGUUUAUGUCUGUGUUGUCACUUGUCCUGACAACAUCCCACUGGACAAACAACAUCUGCAGCUGGCACUAUCUCUAAUGCGCACGCACACACACACACACACACAC